AUGCGCUUGGACGAACUUGACGUCUUGAGCUCCAAUAAGUUGCAUCAUUGGCCAACCAAGAACAAUGGAUUGAACUGCGGCCCAGCUACUCUGUACACAAUCGAGUUGCUCUUAUGUAUCAUCCAACAACAUUGGUCUACAUUCAACACUCAUAAUCAACCUAUCCUACAAAUCUUUCAACACAUGGACGAUCAUCCUGGAUACACGCCUGCUAAUGAGGACUUCACUACUGAGGAUUCAAUCAGUCUCAACUGUGCGAACAGGAUGCAGUGGCUAAUGGGUCUACUGCGUACAUACACAGCUAGGAAUGCGAGCUCUAUAGAUCAACAGGACUGCAACCACAACCAGAUUAUGUUCAUUGAAGGCGCAUACAGAAAGAGGAUGCUAAUGUUCAUGUUCAACGUCUUAGUGGAACUGCCACCACUGUACCGACGCGCAUGUAACCGCAUGCGUCCAAUCAACCCUUCGAACCCACCCGCUGAUGUGAUCUUGGUCGACUCUCACUCAGAUUCACAUUUCUAUUUCUGCGGUAAUCAACAACCUCCAUCCAGUACACAAGUGUCGCAGGUAAAUAGAAAGAUAUCGCCACCAAAAUUGGUAGAGGAUUUUGUUGAUGUGGAUUUGGAUGGGGAGAGUGCCACAACACCGGACACGAAGGAAUUCUUACAUACUCAUGAUGCGCCAAUCUGCGACGACCAUAUACCUUCAUCAAUGGCUCAUUCUAUUCUCGCUCAUUCAUCGGCGACUCGUCCCCACAUCACAGAGUCAAUGUCUAUCCAAAUUCCCGUUCCCUCAUCCACAGCUACUGCACACGUCCUCUCGUCCACGACUCCUUCCCCCACUCCCGAUCCAAAAGAGCCAUCCCUCUCAUCCACCAAAGAUAUGCCACCACUAGGAGCACCAACAGCAACACCAGAACCAAAGUUGUCUUAUGGACCAGGGGUAGUGGAAUAUAAUCAAGGACUACCAUUCUAUAUUGAACACCUCCACAUUGACAAUGUUAUCGAUCCGAACUAUGGUCUUGCCAAUCCUCAUUCAUUAGAGGCGAUCUUGUGUGCUAAAACAGGCGGCAAUGACGGUUCUGGUUGGCUUGACCAGGAUGUCAUGGCACACUUUGCACAGAGUUUUCUCCACGACAUAUUCUCACGGUGGGUCAAUACCAAGUCAUACUGUGAAUCUCCUUCGACCUUCCCGGUUCGCAUACACAACCCACAUACGUUGGCAAUGCUCAGAGAUUAUCCAGACUCAGUGGUCAGCUAUGGAAAAGAGGUUGAGAUUCACCUCCUACCCAUCGAACAAGACAGUCAUUGGUCACUUCUCCUGGUGCCGAUGACAUCCCACGUGUCCAGCUGCCCAAGAAUGCUGGAAUCUACAUGGACAUCGAUCUUGACGCAGACAUUGCAUCUCAAAGAGACCACUAUGGCCAGGUAA